CGAAAAAAAAAAAUGCUGGUGAAAAAAAAGGUUGAUCUCAGCUUCAUUGAGAGUUGAAAUGCAUGAAAAGGGAUGAGGAAGUCACUCCUGCUUGACAGUGUUCCAAAGGUCAUAAAAAUACAUGAAACUUCCUGGAUUUCAAACGGACUGAUGUAACUGAGCGUUGAGGAGGAAGGACACAGCAACAACACAGCAGAGACGAGAAAAACAUCAGGAUGUCCAUCACAUUCAUGCCAACUAAUAACAUGGGAAAUGGCUUCACCAUUGUGACCCAUGUGAUCCCAGGGCAAACAGCCCCAGCUGGGGCAGGACAGAAUGGACCAGAGAGUGGAGCAGGAUUCUUUAAUAGACUACUGGCCAGAAACACAAGACAUGACCACUCCACUCCAGGCUCAGCCAGGUCCACAAUACCAAAAGUACUGGGGACAGUGCAAAUCAUGACAGGUGUGAUGUCAUUUUUGUUAGCCAUUGUGCUAUCACAGUACCCUGGCACUCAGUCUUUCUCUCAGAGUUUACAUGGAUACUGGGGAUCCAUCAUCUAUAUCAUUGCCGGCGCUCUGUCUGUGGCUGCCCAGAACAAGUUUCAGCACUGUUUGGUGAAAAGCUCACUGGCAGUGAAUGUAUUCAGUGCAGUAACUGCAGGAAUGGCCACCAUUCUACUUUCCUUGGACUUGGCAUAUGGGCUUAAUGGCUUAUUUAUGGGACCUGACUGCAUAUUCAGUUCCUACUGUGACCUCUUCAUGAGUCGGACUAAUGGGAUCAGUGGAGUGCUCCUGGUUUUUUCUCUGCUUCAGUUCAUCGUCUCCAUCUGCAUGUCACUGUAUGGCUUAGAUGCUACCUGCUGCGCUGUACCAGAGGUUCGUGCUACCAGCCAGUUUCCAUCCUGUGGAGCAUGUAUUUCACUCAAUAAUCCCUGCAGUGCUCACAGUAAUGAGGAGGGUGUGUUUGUGAUCAGUAAUCCCAGCAUGAACAGCUCACCGCUGACACGACCUCCAGAGUACAGUGAGAUUGAGCCUCAGUUCCAGCCAUGAGCUCUAUAAGAAUAUCUGGAUCUGCUGGAAUGGAGUGGAAUCGAAUUGGCUUCCUUUACAUCUUUAUAUAUUCUAAAAAUGAGGUGGGGGUUGGUCUGUUGUGCAAUUGAUGAUCUAAUUUGUUCUUUGGGAAGCUUUAUAUUCAUACUGAAGUACUUUUUUUUUUUAAUAUGUAAGACAAAUCGGAGGUAUGGAAUAAAUAUAGAUGAGCUGACCCAGUUGUUGGUCAGAAUUAAGCAGAAACAAGUACAAGUGAAUGUAAAUAGGUGGUUAAAUCAUAAAAAAUUUUCAGCAGGUGUGUCAACACUGCAGAUUCCUUUUUAUAAAAAGCAAACAAAAGCAAACACCACCUUUGCUCUGUAAGAGUAAUCUGGCUGCUGGUUUGUAGAUACUGUUGUAUGGGUGAAGGUGUAUGAACUGUACAGAAAUAUAUCUUCAUCUUCUGCCAGUCAAUUC